UCGGCUUAAGAAAUUUUCACGUUACUGCGUGCCCAAAAAUGUGUCAUUUCACUAAUCAUACGAAAAAGAAAAAAAAAAAGAAAAUCCGAAGGGCUCGCUGAAAGUGGCAUAUUUCAGUUGACGUGUGCGUAGAACGUGUGCGCCGACCAAUCGGAUGCAAGAUUUUCGCGAAGAAUCGUCGGGAGGAGUACACACGAUUCAACACAACUGUAGGUACGGCGGUGCGGUUGGGAGUUACAAGUUGAACGCAAUACCUCGCUCGUAUUUUGGUUUGGGUAUUGGUUUUUCAUACGGCCGUAGAACCGUAGAACAGAGGCAUUUAGCCGAAUUAAUUGAGACAACGGUGGCCAGCGAGUGGCUAAAAAUGCUACACGCCGGAAAUGGAGGUGAAAUUCGGCUGGAUAUGUUAAAACACCGCGAAGAAAGUGACACAGUAGAAGAGGCAACGUCAAGAAAGUGCGAGGGGCAGCUGUCUUCGAUGAAGGCAAACAGCUGUUCGUCUUGCAUACUUCCUAAUCGUACCAUUGAAAUGGAACAAGAAGAUAACAACUCGUGCUGGAACAAUCUGCCCAGCGUUAUUUUGCAAGAAAUAUUUUCGUAUUUGCCACAUGAGAACAGGAUAAAAGCCUCUCAGGUUUGUAAAAAUUGGAGAUAUGCGUUAUUCCAUCCCAGUUUUUGGAGAAAAAUUACUUUUGUUCUGAAAGACGAGGAUAGUAUUUCAUGGGCUAGGUUUCUGGCAGAUUGUUUUGGACUUAGUGUACACGAAGCAACCAUAAGAUGUGACAUAGCGUGUCAUAUUGUAGAAACUUCUCAUCUUCUGAAAAAAUUAAGUUGUAAUAGGCAGUUACGAAAAUUGUUCUUGGAAUAUAGCAGUAGCAUAUUUGAAUGUCCUAAUUGGUACAUGGAAAGCGAGACUGACAGUCCAACGAACAGUACCUCUCUAAUGAAAUCCAUUGUGAAAAUUAUUGAAACAUCUAACUGUUUGGAAGCUCUGAGUUUAGGAUACAUAGAAGAGUUAGCAACUAAUGCCAAUAUAAUUUUGGAACCAUUACUUCUACAUCAUGCUAAACAUCUAACACACCUCAGUCUAGCAUCCGUCAAGGAUGACCCAGACCAUUAUGACUUUAUAGAAUUGGAAGAAUAUAUUUUUAAAUCAUUUAUCAGACUGACUGUUUUGACAGUAGAUUAUGACGUUGUUAAUGAUGCCUUACUCAGAGCUUUGGACAGUGGCACCAUGGAAACGAUAGUAAUACAUGUACAUGGUUGGCAUAACGAUUACUUAGGAACAUCAAACGCAGCUUGGGAGUAUUUCGUUCAAAAGAAUCCAAAAUGUGAACUACGACUAAAUCUCAUACAUUCUUACAUUGGUGUAAAAGUAUUAGAUACGGAAAUUCUUCGCCCUUCCAUGCCUCUAACGCACUUAAAAGUAUUGUUCUGUGAAAAAUUUAAUACAGAGGUACUACAUCGAUUAUCAAAUUGGUAUCCUCACACAUUAAAAUCACUCAUAUGGAUAGAUUCUAUGGAUACUACGGUAAAUACUCCAGCUACAGACGAUCCUAAUGAGCCGGAUAGCCCAGAUCCCCUAGUAUUCGUGGCUUGGAAGUGUACUAAACUCGUGGAAAUGGUGUUUAUAGGACACAAAUAUUACAAAGAAAAUUUAUUAGCUAUCGCACGUCUCAGAGGAAGUACACUCAAACUUCUUGUAUUUGCAGAAAGUGAUAUUGCGUCUGACAGCGAAUCGUGGCACAAGACUGAGACCAUCACGCAUGAAAUACAAGAGAUAAUGGGUAAACAUUGGGCACCAUUGAGGAACACGGAGUUACCAACGGUAGUGUUGAAUCCAUUUGCCGGUGACAGCAGGGAGGUCAUUAUGCCGCUUAUCCUGCGCGACGAGAAGUAACUUCCAAGAAAAAUAAUGCCAAGAAAAUGUCAUCCAAGGACUAUCCAUUAACAGCCACGACCACUUAUGGAAGGAGAACAUUUUCAGAAGUACAGUUGUAAAGUUAUAUUCUUUAUUUUUCUAUAAGAUUUUUUUUUGUACGCAACGCGGUGAAUACGUAUAAUGAGUUCAUAGUCCAAAAUCUAAUUAACGCAUACUGCCAUCCGUCGGCUAGUUGUUAGAUGUAACUUAUUAAGUAGAGAGGAUGAGAAUAGUCGUACCGUACUAUCGCGCCGUGAUAUUACCAAUUCUUGUAUGGAUGUGAUAUGUAUAUGGAGCUCGCAUUUACAUUGCGCUAUACGUUUGCGAGUUUAACGUGCAUCAAUGUUCCUUCUUUAACGAUCAUGCUUUAUCUUAAACCAUUCCUUCAAGGAAGAUUUAUUCCUUAUAUGCACAAAACUAAUUUGUGGCACAACCAAGGGAGAUAGUUAACGGUGUUAUAGAUCGUGGAUCAUCGAUGUUCGUAAGCUCGAUUACCGAUGUAUAGUACACGAUCAAUCCCCAAUGCUCUAGCGAUAAGCCUACCUCUCGUGUCUUUCUCACGACGAAACGUCCAAAUUGAACGCAAAUUACAAUGUAAUACAAAUUGCAAUGAUUGAGAGGGAGAGAGAGAGAGAGAGAGAGAGAGAGGGAGAGAGAGAGAGAGAAAGAGAGAGAACGAUUUUCUAUAAUCCUUACGACGGAUGGUAGGAAUGACUUAUUUAUGCUGUGAUUUUUCUUCGUUGGAGAAGCUAUGCAGGGAAUCGCGUCUUUAUAUUGACAAUGAUAAUCGUAAACUUAUCAGGUAUAUAUAUCCUCACCGCGAUCUUUACUUUACCGAUCGUUCCUCUCACCCAAAUAUCAUCGAUACCCUGCAAAGAAUAAUAAGUAAAUUUCGUGUAGAUAUAACAAUACCUUGGUGUAUGUGAGAACAAGGUUAAUAUGUAAAAAAAAAAAGAAAAAAGAAAAAGAAAAGAAAAAAAGAAGAAAACGAAAACGUCAAGGUAACGCUAUAUGGAUAGCAUUUUUGACGUCUACCUGUUGCUACAGGGUCAUUAAAGAUAAUAUUUAAUAACCAAGGUAAAUAACUUGGAAAAGGAAGACGAUCAUCUAUGGGAUAGAAGUGAGAGAAAUUCCGUGAAAUAAUUAAACAAGGGAGAGAGGUCCGAUCCCAUGAUCUUCCACAGGAAAACUAAUACGAAAAUUCCAAAAACGUUAUCUGUAAGUAGAAGAGAAAAGCAUCGUUCUUAACGGAUAUUUUUCCAAUCCACUGCAAGAAAAAGAAUGUAGAUAAACAAAGGAGUCAAGCAUUCGCUAAGAGCAUGCUGUGCGACACUACUAAGAAGGGAUAUUUAAAAACAACUCGAUAGAAUUAAACAUACUUUAAACGAGUAUUGCGUAGUUUGUAUUAAAUGCACAGGGGUACAGAGCUGAGAACUCAAAGUAAGAAGUCAAAUGGCGUUCCGAGGUUAUUUUUAAUACCAAAACCAAUCGGACGCAAUUGUAAAAAAAAAGAAGAAGAAAGAAAGAAAAAAGAAAAGAAGAUGAAGAAGAAGAAGAAGAAGAAGAAAAAAGCGAUAAGAAACGUUUAAAUGUGAACGCGCACGCCGGAGUCGGCCAAGUAGUACAUGCAUACAAGAGAUAGCCGAAGAAGAUGAAUCAUGCGGAAUGUUGUACGGCGAUAUGUGUGUUAUAUCAUAUAAACUGUGAUCAACAACCGUUUGUUCUGUACGUACCAUUUUUCUCCAUCAUGCUCUUAGCGAUCGCCGAUAUGCGAAACAUGAGUAUAUCUAACGAAGAUCGAAGGAAGUAACUCUGCUAAUCGUAUAUAUACAUAUAUGUAUAUACAUAUGUAUAUGUAUAUAUAUCUAUAUACUUAUAUAUGUAUAUAUAUAUGUAGGUAUAUCUGUAACUACUAAUCUAUCGAAGUUUAAACGUUUAAUAUUCGGGUGCAGUAAAAAGCACUCGCAUUUCUAUCGUGCGAUUAAUAAUGGUGACGAUUUUGAAUGUUGUUUACAAAGGAACCAUAUAUAAUAACAUGAAGAAUAAGGAGGAAUAACAAAAGAGAAAGAAAAAAAAAGUAGAAGAAAAAGAAAAGAAACCAAAAAACCAACGUAUAUACAGUUAUACUAUUCUGAGAUGCGAUUUACUUUUUUCGAAUCCUUGUAUAAUUAUUAAUGUCGUCGUAUGUACAUCGUAGUCACGUAUUAUACCAUUCUUUUUUUAUAUGUGAUCCUGUACAUACACUUCAUCGAAAUCUUUAAAUGAAAAGAAAAGAAACAAAAAAAAAGGAAAAAAAACAAAACAGAAGUAUUUCCACACUUAUAUGUGAAAGAAAGCCGCAAUAAUGUGCCCCCCCCCCCAAACAUGGUGUACGUAAAGUCAAGAAUAAGAUAUGCAAAAAACAAUGUUGUAAUACGUGUAAUAUAUAUAUAUACAAAUCUACAUAUGUAUGUAUGUAUAUAUGUAUACAAAAAUACACGAAUGCAAAAGGUUCGAUCGAGUGUGAGGCACAAAAAAUGUAUGUAAAAUGAGGGAACGAUAUUCCUUUCGAGCGAACACGUAAAAACGGGAGAGAAAGAGAGAAAAAGAAAGAGAGAGAGAGAGAGAGAGAGAGAGAGAGAGAGAGAGAGAGAACGAUAAGAUGCCGCUAUAAUACAAGAUGAACGGGCCUUAAUAUGUACCUGAGUCGCGAUGUAAGAGUAAUUUUGACGAAACGUUUGACGCGCGACGUUCGCGAUAUAAAAGAAAGAAAGAGAAGAAACAUACACGUACACGUUAAAAGCUAAUCACUAAAUCCUUAGUAGACAUUUUUUGUCGAACCAUUUGGUAAUAACGAAACCAAUCGUUUAUCAAAAAAUGACUAGAGGUUAAGAUAGAAGAAGAUAUGCGUCUGCGACAGCCCUUUCAUUUCGUACUACAUGCGCGUGAACAAUUAAUUGUAUUUACUUUACAUUGAACGAUGUAACACGAGAAAAAGAAAGAGAGAGAGAGAGAGAGAAUGUGUGAGAAAAAGAAAAGAGGAAAGAGAAGGAAGUCUUAACGCGAAAUAAGACUCGUAUAAUAAUCGAAUAACGCGCGCUCGUUAGCCGCCAUUUUAACGCGCGUAAGUCCGCCAUGUUUUUUCUUUUUCCCCUCUUUUUUCUUUACUUAUUUUAGAUUUUCUUUUUGUUUAUUUAUUUCUUUCUUCCUUCCUUUCUUUCUUUCUUUCUUUCUUUCUGUCUUUCUUUCUUUCUUCCUUUUCUUUCUUUUUUCAUUUAACGAUAAUACCUUUGAUCAUUCUUGCAUAAUUUUUCCUUUAGCUUCGAAAUCGCGUGCUUAUAAAUAUUAUUAAAAAAAAGUCAUGCUCGCGUGCGCGCGGUGUUUACGAGACCGUGAAUGAGAGCAAGAGAGCGAGAGAGAGAGAGAGAGAGAAAGAGAGAGAGUACGUGUGUAUGUAAAAGACCAUGCAUGUUGCAUUCGUAUUGCAAAGAAUCUAUCUAUGUGUAUCGCGUGUGAGGGAGAGAGAGAGAGCAGAAACAAGAUAAAAAUUAAAUAGAAAAGUAAAGAUGAAAUGUGAGAAAGAAAAAAAUAAAUCUAGAUGAUAAUGUGUAGCACCAUCUAUGCGCGUUAGAAAGAAAAAAAAAGAAAAAAAAAAUAAGAAGAAAAGAACAAAGAAUGUGCAGCCGCUUAAUAUGGGCACAACGCGAAGGUACACAGCGUGCGUAUAUGUAUUAUUGAUUAUAGAGCGCGACGAUAUACAACAAACAUAAGACUGAACCUGCCGAAAAAGGUGUAUUUAAACAAAAAAUAUGCAUACACAAUCGCGCGCGCGCGCACAUAUUAUACAUGAAAAUUAAGCGAGCUGCACGUUGCAUCACGAUGGACAUCGUACUCAUAAAGGAACACGUACUUCCUAUGUAUAUGCGAAUAGGCGUAAGAAUGAAAAGAAGAGAAAGAGAGAUAGGGAGCAAGAUUUUUCUCGUGAAUCUCUUCUGUGGUUUAUUCUCUUAAAAAUGCUACCAACAGUGUUGGGCCUUUUUUCUUUUCUUAUUACUUUUCUUUUCUUUUUUUCUUUUCUUUUCUUUUUUUUUUUUUAACUUCCGGUUCGCUCGAUGGUGGAAAAAUUUAAUAUAUGUAUAUAUACAUGUACAUAUAUAUACACACACAUAUGUAUGUAUGUAUGUAUGUAUAUAUAUAUAUACACAUGUUAGCGAUUUUAUGAAUAUGUUCGUCGUCGUAUUAAUGCGAAAGAUUAAGCGAAAGGAUAUUAAGAAGCAAUUAAAAUAAGGGUGAUGUGUGUGGUGCGUGUCACGCAAAGACAGCUAGCGUUUAGAGAUACGGAAAAAAGAAAAAAAAAGAACAGGAAGCCUCCAUACACACGUAUUAUGUAUGUAGUAAAACUACACAUACAUGCCCACACACAUGCGCGCACACACAUACAUACACACGCACGUACACACAAACACACUGUAUUCCUCGUUCCGAGGGCUCACUCGAUAAUGGUUCUCUCAUAGCCGAUAAUUAACCUUAAGCAGCCUGCCAAGAAUCAAAAUACAUAAAAUAUGUAAAAUAUCAAACGAACGCUAGCCAGUACAGAAUGCUAUAAGAUCUAUUUUUUAAGACGCGAAUGUAUAUUUUUGUACUAAGGCAGGCCUUAGUGUGCGUGAUCGUAACGAGAAAACAAGAAUAAAGAAGAAACGAAGAAAAAGAAGAAGAAGAAGAAGAAGAAAACAGUCGCGAUAAAAAAGGAAAAAAAAGUAAUUAUAAUAAUAAUAAUUAUAAUAAUUAUAAUAAUAAUACUAAUAAUAAUAAUAACAAAUUCCUCUUGAGCGCGCGCACAAGAACGCCAAGAUGGAGGAGAGCUGUGAUUAAAUCAUGUCGGCUUAAAAUAAGAAAGAGGAAACGUAAUAACGCCAAGAUUUAAACAAAGCGAACAAAGGGGUGGGGGAUGUGCGACGUCAAUUUCAGUAAAUCCUGCUGUUGGAUAUUAUUAUUAUACAUAUAUGUUGUACCGAGUGGGCCAUAAGAAGAAAGAAGAAGAGAGAUUAGAGGAAUCGAAUAAAAUGAAGCGAUAUGAUGAAGAACAAAACAUCUGUGAUAAAACUAAAAAUAAAAGAAACCAAUAUUAAAAUCCUAGAUGGGUGCUCAUUGAUAAGGAAGAAUAAAGAAGGAAGGAAAGACGAAAGAACGAAAAAAGAUACGAAGAAUCUUUAAAAUAUGUAGGUCUAAAGAAAACGAAAACGAAAACGAAGAUGAAUGCACGAAGUAUAUGAUUCCUAGAAGAUGAGGUGUUUUUUGAUCGAGUAUGAUUCCGAUGAGAGAGCAAGGGAAAGAACGAAUGAGGGUAUGAGAGAACGAGAUGACGCUAUACGUGUGAUCGAUUUACUCGUAAAAAGGAAAUGAGAGAUUUAAAAUGACACGAAUAGGAAUGAGGAAAAUGAUAAAAUAUCGACGUGAAAAGAUAUCGAACGUGUCGGUCCAACUCUCCUCAAAGAAAAAUGCCGAUCUAACAAUCCUCGCGAAAAUUCAACGAACGUCCAGUCGUCUAUUCGCGUAUAUACAUAUAUAAUUUUAUCUUUAUAAACGCGUUUAGACGAGAGUGUGCCCAUAGAGAGAGAGAGAGAGAGAGAGAGAGAGAGAGAAAGAGAGAGAGAGAGAGAGGGAGAGGGAGAGAGAGAGAGAGAGAGAGAGAGAGAGAGAGAGAGAGGCAUAUUUAGUUAUGUAGACGAAAACUAUCACGAUAUUGCGCGAUUAAAGGCCAUAACGUACAUACACAAAACACGAUGAACACAAGACAUGCGUACACAAAUUUAAUUUACGUGCAAAAGAGCACACUGACAUUCCAUUCGGAAAAGGAAAUGUGUAGAAACGUGUAAAAAAAGUGAACAUCGAGACUCAAGAUCUCUUUUCUUUUCUUUUUUUUUUCUUUUUUUUUUCUUUCUUUUUUCUUUUUUUUUCCUUUCUUUUUUUUCUUAUCAAUUAACACGUGUAAAUACGUGAAGCACGAUAGAUAGAUGAAGCUCGAUUCAACUAGAAUUCGAGUUAGAGUUUCGAGUAUUAGUAUGUAUUAAAGUUGCGAGCUCUAGUGAACUUUCCAUGUGGAAACAAAAAGAAUAAUGAUUAAUACGCUGGACCAACAACAAUUUGACUGACUUUCAUGUCUUCGCUUUGAGACAAAAAUUUAGGCCGAUCUAUCAUUUCUUUUUGACUUUUGAAUUCAAUUAGAAUCUCGUUGAAGUGACGACGAGCGAAGAGAAAGAGAGUGAGAGAGAAAGAAAGACGAAGAAUAUAUACAAGAAUUAUUUAUUUAAAAAUCGAAAUGGUAAAAAUCGAAAGUAAGUAAUCACGGAAUAGGUAGGUCCAGGGUAUGUACCACGAGCAGUAUUAUAAGUUCCUAACGAAAGAAGAAGGAAACAAAAGAAAGAACUUUGCACUUCGUUUUAGAACAACACUCUAGAUAUUUAAAAUAUAUCGUAGCUUCGUCGAAGUAACACGAAAGAAGAGCGCAUUUUGUUCGACAUAAUAAUCUUUUUUCAUCGAUCGAUUACUUGCUUUCAUAUAUGUGUAUGUAUACACGCGACAUGACACAAAACACACAUACGUAACACGCAAAUACAUACUACCGAUAACGUUAUCGAAAUUUAUAUAAACCAAGUAUGAUCCAUUCCAAUAAAAAAAUAAAGGGCAGCCGAUAAUAAAUCGCGUUCGAGAAAUCGCGUAGAUCGGGCGGGCAAAAACGAAAGGAUUCUUGUUAGAAAAAGAGAAAGAGAAGAAAAAGAAUAUCUUUCAUUCAUCCCCUGGAAUUAUAUAUGUACUAAUAUGUUUAUAUAUAUAUAUAUGUAUAUAUAUAUAUAUAUGUCCUCGUCUGAUGUCCUCGUCUGAUAUACGCAACAGAAAGGGAGAGAGAGAGAGAGAGAGAGAGGGAGGGAGGGAGGGAGGGUAAGAGAGAGAUACACACACACACAUAUAUACACACACACGCAUGAAUAAUUACACGAUCUUAUCGAAAAUCCAACGCUCUCCUCGAUCGAUAAUAAUGCACGUAGGAAGGAAGCUAAGUGUUAACCGUACGUAAGAAAUAAAAGGAUAGAAGCUUGCGGCAAGAGAGAAAUAUACAUAUGCACACACAUAUGUUUUCGUCAUCGCGCAAAUGGAGAAAAAAAAAGAAUUAAAAAAAGAAAAGAAAAGAAAAGAAAAAACUUUACGACGAUCCCAUACCAAUGAUCUUCUUCGAGUUUUUCUACGAGAUCGAGAAAAAUAUUAUGAUAGAGAGCGCAGAUCUAAAUAAAUAAAAAAAAAGAAGAAAGAAAGGAAAAAGAAGUAAAGAAAGACGAAACAAAAAAUUACCGUCGUUCGAAUUUGUCGCGCGUAUCUAUCGUAUUGCGGGAAUAAGUAAUCAAAAUAAAAGGAAAAAUAUAGUUCGUCAUGUUCUACUGUAAAAAUAACUUAAGACGAUCCACCGAAAUUUCAAACUUCCCUUUUCUCGUUCUUCGAAAAUACGAUCUUCGGCUAGUCUUUAAUUUCCGUCGUUCGAUCAUUCUUCGUUUACACAAUGUAUUAUUUCAUCGUAUAUUGCAAUUGUCACAAUGAUAACAAUUUCGAUGCUCGCGAACGGCGGAGUUAUCGAUAAGCACAAAAAUGAAACUAUAUGACCGCAAAAUUAUGCUUCGCAACUUAUAAAAAAAAGAAAGAAAGGAAGAAAGGAAGAGACGAAGAAGAAGAAGAAGAAUAAGAACGAUCUGAAAAGUCUAAUGAAAGAAAGAAACUUGUGAACAUUAAAUUCGCGUGUUUUUUUGCGAACGAGCAAAGCCAUUGUUCUUCUUCGAAGUUUGCGCGCGCGUGUGCAAACGGAUCACAGGUUCAUUCGUAAUCCUCGUGCGUUGCGUUGUAUAUACUUGUCGACGACGACGACGACGACGACGACGAUGAUGAUGAUGAUGAUGAUGAUGAUGAUGAUGAUGAUGAUAAUGAUGACGACGACUACGGUGAUGAUUCGUGAUUGGUAGAGUUUGGUUGGCUCACGAAUUCGAUUAUACAACUCGAAUUUUGUUUCUUUUUUCUUUCCUUUCUUUAAUAGCGUGAUCGAUUUAUAUCUCCUUCGACAAUUAUAUUCGACCAUUUUAACGAGAACAAGACAAGAAAAAAAAGUGAGAGAAAAAGCAAGAAGAAACUUAACGUUGUACAUUAUGAAAUGUACAUUCUUCUAAUUUAUAUUUUAUCAAUUGUAUCAACGCUCUUCGGCACGUAUACCUACUUUGGUGAUCGACUUACUAUUAUUAUUAUUAUUACAAUUGUUAUUGUUGUUAUUAUUAUUAAUUUUUAUGAUUAAUAUUAUAUUAAUUGUUGGCAAGCACAAGUUUAUCUUCACACAGGCUCGCCAACUUUGCGCUGUCGAUACACGAAAAAGGAACGAAGGAACCGUCGUAUUUAACGAUGACUCUCUUUUUUUUUUCUUUUUUUUUUCGUUCGCCAAUACAUAAUAUCUCGCAUCGUUCUUGAAUUCUUUCCGUCGUCGAUGACAAAUCGAUAAAUUGAACGUAUAUGUAUAUAAUAUUAAUAAAAAAAAAAAACAAGAUAUAUAUAUGUAUAUGUAUAUGUAUAUGUAUAUGUGUUUAAACGCACUGAAAAGACGCCUUUCAGUUUCGAUCGUUGAAAAAAAUACAAGAAAAAAAAGAAAAAGAGAAGAUUUCGAUAUGGAAGGCGCCUUUUCGAGAUCGACUCGAAACGUCGAUUCCUUUUCUUUUUCUUAUUUUUUUUUCUUUUUUUUUUUAGAAUAAAACUUGCUGUAUCGUAAAACUAACCUGUAAGGAUAUUUUAAGCGAUGAGAAUUUUGUCGAGAGUUUCCGUGUCGUACGGGUAAUAUAUAAUAUCACCGACCACUCGGCAUAUAACCUCGAGAAUCGUUGUUUUUAAUUCGGAAAGGAACGAAGAUAGCGGACUCGUUUCCUUUCUCAUUGUAAAUCCUAUAAUGUACGUACAUACAUACAUAAAAUACAUACACACGUACAUAUGAGAACGUGCUGAUUUUACAUCGAUUUAAGAUAGACUUAAGGGACUUGGUUGAACUACAAAAAAAAUUGUUUUAUCGUUAAAUGGCCCAAGUAUGAAUGGAUUGUACAUAUGUUAAUAUAUAUAUAUGUAUUAAUAUAUAUAUAUAUAUACAUACAUAUGUGAUUAGGACAUAUAUUUAAUGGAGAGAAGAUAAGAAUAAAUAAAAAUGAUGGAAGAACGUAAAGGAAUGUAAGCGCACGUAUAAUAUAUAUAUAUAUUAUAUAUAUGUAUAUUAUAUAUAUAUAUAUAUAUUAUAUGAACGGUAUUCAGUAAUCGAAAAGAGCGAUUUAUCGAGAUAACUUGAUAAUAAUAGCCUUUAUAUUUGGAUCUAGAUGUUAGAGAAAGAUAUCGCGCAUGGGAGAGACCUCUAUGAUCAGCAAAGUCGAAUGCUUUCCCGAUGACUGUGUAUGUAUGUUCAUGUGUGUGGUGUAUGCGCGCGUAUAUAUAUGUAAAUACAUUAUGUACGGCGACAAUAUCAAUGAUAAUGAUGAAUUUGAUGCCGCCAUAUACACUUACUCGGGAUAUUAUUACACGAAAGUAACGAAACAACUUGUGAUUCACUGCCUUCGAUUUCUAUGCGAAUAAUUUCCUUUUCUUCUUUUUUUUUUUUCUUUCUUCUUUUCAUUCUUUAUCUCUCUUUCUUUUUCUCUUCUAACAUCUUAUCUCAUUGCAUUUUCAAAACGCGUCAGAUAUAUUACAAUCGUACGAAAGUUAUUAAUCGCAUAGCGACGCAUUGCAUCAGAUUCAUCGAAAUCAUGAUUUUUUUUCCGUACGAAUGAUCGAUUACUACUCGUGCGAGCGAUUCUUCCCAAGAAAUGUCGAUAACGUAAAAUGUUAACUGUUGCGUUUGUAAAGAAAGAAACGCUUGAGAGAUCCCUCUAUAUACUUAAAACUUCGACGUACCUUCGAGAGCAAGUUUCGCGAUAUCUCUCUUUAGCCACUGGAUAUAAAUAUAUCUGGACCAUGCUCAGGACUACCUGACAAAAACAAUUUAUAAAGAAUAUAAAUAUCUCGUCGAAGAACGAAAGCAAAACAUAAGACAACAAAAUGUCGUUUUCGUUCUGCUAUUCGCAGGAACGACGCCGCGAGAAGAGAUUAUAUCGUUCUAUGCGCGUAACGUGUUGGUAUAAGAGUGUGUAAGAAAAAAGAUGAGGGGAAAAAAAAAGAAACGACUCUUUUUGGGCAAGAAAAGUCCGUCGGUUCGUGAAUAUUUUAUUUUAAAAAGGAUAUACAUAAAAUAUUUUAUUUCUAUAUUCUUGGUAAUUCUCAUGGAGAUAAUAACCAUAUACGUGCAAUGAAUUUCCUUCGAAAUAAUUGUUAUUUGUAAGAAGAGUAAAAUGAAAAGAGAGUAAAAUCGAUUCCAAUAUUCGUCGCGACAAUUUUGUCACGUUUGUCACGUUAGUUCUUUUUUUUUCGAACUCUGCUGGAUCAAUCGAUGUGUUCGAACCGAUGCCGAAGUUAUCGAGAGAGAAAAAAAAAUCGAUUAGAACAAAUAUUCCAUGCAUUAAUAAUAAAUAUAAUAUGUAUUAUAUACAUCGUAUAUACUACGGCUACCGGUUCGUAACUCUUUUUAUCCCUUGUUCGAUGAUAAAAAAAACAAAUUUUUUUCGAUCGUCUACCGAUGUAAUGAGUUACAUUUUUAUCGCACAAUCGCAGUUCUCUCUUACCGCUCAACAACCUCCGUGCGGUUAAUUAAUUAUCGAUUUUCGUACGGAUUACUUUAUUUAUAGUUUAUCGAAUCUCUCUCUUUCUUUCUUUCUCUCACUCUCUCUCUCUCUCUCUCUCUCUCUCUCUCUCCUUAUGAUCCGGGCUAAUUUCGGACUAUAUAUUCUUUAUUGCGAUAAAGUCCAACUCAUUACCGCGCGGAGGUACGAUCGUAUAUCGGUUUGAGCAAUUACUGACAGUUUACUCAGUUAUCGUAAUUGUGUCCGUCUUUUCAACGCGGUCUAGAUGACCGGCAUAUCUUUAUUUAUUUUUUCUUUCCUUUUUUUUUUAAGAGAAUCAUUAUCUCGCUUACUGCGUGUAAUUAGUAUCCGUUUCCGUUUGGAGAAAAAAAAAAAAAGAGGAAAAAUCUUCUAUGUACGAUGGUCGGUCUAUAAUUUAAAUAUUUAACGCAAUCUCUUCGAAUAAUAGAAAAAUCAAAUGUUUUCUCAAAUGUAUGAAUCAAUUUUUAAAAGUGUAUCAGUCGAUAAAUAAAAUCGUGCAUGGCAUAAA